CUCUGGAUCGCUCCAUCCUCAAUCAGAGGUUGAUAGUGAUAGUGUUAUCGAUAUCGAGUCCGAUCCCCGCACCGAAUCCCAAUGUUUUGUUUCUACCGUUCUUAUCAACUGUCACCCGCUGGCAGCAUUGCCGGGAUCCGAUCCGACAUAGCGGGGGAGCCAUUCAUAUAUCAGAGCUGUCAUUCCUCCCCAGCCGAAUCGUCUCCGUGAUGAUCAAAUGUACAGUUCAAACACAGUCCCAAGUCAACCAAUCAACCAACCAACCAUGACGACAACCUCGUCCUCCCUCCCCUUCGCUCCCCCCAUCGACGUGUCCCCAAACAUCACCCUCCAACCCCCGCUCUCCCGCUGCGGUGAAGGACCAGGCCUCCUCCUCAUCCGUCCCGCCAACUUGGUGGGCUGCCAGACAAACAACACCACCCUCGACCCAGCCCCGUUACAGAAAUGGGCGGAGGAGAGCUACACCGUGGUGGAAAUCACCCUUGACACGGUGAGCAGCGGCGACGCGGUGGGUGUCUCGGAUGCUAUUUCCGCUGCUGUACGGGCGUUAUCCGAAUACCCGCAGUGCAGGGGUAGUGGCAGUGGUCGUGGUGAUAAGUUUGGGAUUCUGGUCUACGGCUCCCCACCCGACUACGCCCCCUCCUUCCCCGCGCUCCUACAACAGUCCAUCACAGCCCUUACUCCCGAGCAAACCCCCGCGGCAGCAAUCUACUUCAGCGCAUGGGAGGAGAAUCUGGCCACAAACAUCCCAGCUCUAUUCCACCUCCCGGCCGGGCAAACCCUCGCGAAGAGCAUCAUCACCACCGACACGACCACCACGAAGAUCUACCACUACCCCUCGACCCCCUCACCAGGCUUCAUCAUCCCAGGCCACGCAGACUUCAACCCCAGCGCCGCCGGCGUCGCGCACACGCGCUCCCUGACCUUCCUGAAACCCCAACUAGGCGGGCCGUACUUCGACCUCGAGCAGAUCUGGGAGGAGCACACGCACCACGAGUUCGGGGACCGGUCGGUCGAGAAGACCAUGGCCACCAUGGUGCAGGAGCCGUAUGUGAAUCAUAUUCCGACGAUAACAGGCGGAACCGGCCGCUCCGCCCUGACGCGCUUCUACGCGCAGCACUUCAUCUUCACCAACCCGGCGGACACCGUCCUGGAACUGAUCAGCCGCACCGUCGGCGUGGACCGCGUCGUCGACGAGUUCAUCCUGUGCAUGACGCACGACCGCGUCGUCGACUGGCUAGUCCCGGGUGUCCCGCCCACCGGAAAGCUCCUCCGGGUCCCGUUCACCGCCGUCGUGAAUAUCCGGGGCGAUCGGUUGUUUCAUGAGCAUAUCGCAUGGGACCAGGCGACUGUGUUGAGGCAGUUGGGGCUGUUGCCGGAGUACUUGCCUUUCCCUUAUGCGGUAGCUGGGGAUGGGGGGGCGGGUUCUGGGAGGAGGUGGGAGUAUCGGGUUCCGGCGGCGGGGGUGGAGACUGCGUUGAAGUUGCGGGGGGACGGUGGGGUGGUGUCGAAUGCGAUGAUGGGGUUUGAGGUUAGGGAGGUGCGGGAUUCUUAGUCUGAGGGGGGGCUGAGUAUGGAGGGUGGAGGAAUGGGUGGUAGCUUGUGCAGGUGGAGGUGAAGGUCGAGGUGUGGUUGUUUUGUGUAGGAUACGGUAUGGUGAGAAUGAUUGCUUGUGUUUGUUAGACUAUCGUUGGUGCGUAUAGAUAGGAGGUCCAGCUUAUCUACCAGUGUAUAUAGGGUCCUGCGAGUGGGAGGCCUACGGUAUAUGAAACAACAGCAUGUGACUGACUGCGCUAUACUCCCC